AAAAAUAAACCUGAAUUUUUUUGGAGUACUUUUAAUUAACGAAAUAAUUUGUUUAAAUAAUCAAUCGUUACUAUGGAUGACGUACUAGAUGAAGUAGUUUCACCUGAUGAUUUAAAGAAAUUCGAAAUAAAAUAUAAUCAAGAAUUAAAAUUAUCAAGUGUCACACAACAAGUACAAUUUGAGUAUUCAUGGUGUCUUGUUAGAAGUAAAUAUCCAGCUGACAUAAGAAAAGGUAUUUAUCUUCUUGAAGAUUUGUGUAAAAACCAUGCUGCCACAAAAAGGGAUUGCAUCUAUUACUUGGCCAUUGGAAAUGCUAGAAUCAAGGAAUAUAAUAAAGCAUUGAAGUACGUGAAAGCCUUCCUCGAUAUUGAACCUGGAAAUUUACAAUUACAACAACUUGAAAAAUCAAUUAAACAACGAAUGCGAAAAGAGGGUCGUAAAGGUCUAGCUGUUGCAAGUGGUGUUGGUCUUGCAGUUGGUCUUGCUGGUGUGGUAAUUAUCAAGGCAUUAACAAGAAGCUAGAUGUCUUGAAUAUUUUGAUAAAAAUUAAAUUAAUAAACAAAGAGAAACGUGAUAUAUUACAAAAAAUCUGACUAUUUUUUUCCAAAUACUAAAUUUAAAGUAAUAAUAUUUCUAUCAAGUGAUUUUUUUUUCUAUCGUCUUUGUAUUUAAUCUGUACAAAUUUAUCAAUUUUUAUUUUACUAUUAACUAACAAAAACGUGUAUAAAAUAGUUAAAUAAAAUAAAAGAAAAAAAAAUGAUUAUUUUUUCAAA